CAGGCAGACAGGUCCGGGUGCAGCCGCGGUGGAUGACGAUGGCCGGUCGCCGAUGGCUCGUCCCGCCCGUUCAAGGCCUGUUGCUCUGCAUCUUGGCUCUGCACAUCCGUCUCCAGGACUCUCUUGCCCCAGCAGAGCACAACACAGUUGCCAACAGCACCGUGGUGGCUGCCAAGAAUGCCUUGUGGUAUGCUGCGGCCACCAAGAACGCCUCAGUGGUGACUACAGCUGUCAAGAACACCACCAAGGAUGCCGUACUGGUGGCCACCACCAAGGAUGCCACAGUGGUGGCCACCACCAAGGAUGCCAUACUGGUGGCCACCAAAAAUGCCAGAGCAAUGGUCACCAAGAAUGCUGUAGUGGUGGCUACCACCAAGAAUGCCUCAGAGGUGGCCACCAAGAACGCCUCAGUGGUGACCACAGCUGUCAAGAACACCACCAAGGAUGCCGCAGUGGUGGCCACCACUAAGGAUGCCGUACCAGUGGCCCCCAAGAAUACCAGAGUGGUGGCCACCAAGAAUGCUGCAGUGGUGGCCACCACCAAAGAUGCCGCAGUGGUGGCCACCAAGAAUGCUGCAGUGGUGGCUGCCACCAAGAAUGCCUCAGAGGUGGCCACCAAGAAUGCCCUGGUGGUGGCCACUGCCAGCAACACCUCGGUGGCUUCCACUGGCAAUGCCUCAGUGGCCACCAACACCUCUGUGAAUGGUGCACGAGAGACAAUGCUCACCUGCCAGAGCUUUCAGUGCUCCGGGGAGAGGUGUUACCAGGAUGAAGCCCAUUCCAACAGAACAGUCACCUGCCACAAUGAGACUUACUGUGAGCUUUAUCGUUUCUCCAGCACAAACUACACAGCCGGGUGCAGCAGCAGGUGUGGUGUGGGGCUGUGCAGGACCAACGGCAGCGAGAGCAGGCAGCAAUGUGCCCUGGAGUGCUGUGCCACCCCGCUGUGCCUGCAGCUCAACGCCAGCGCCUACGGUGACCUGUCACCCACCACUGCUCCACCCAGGACCACCAACACCACCCACCGACCUCCCCCCCAAAACGGGAAAGUGUGCACAGCAUUCUCCUGCCACGGGGAUGGGUGUUUCAAAGGCAGGAAGACCGUUGCUAGGUGCAUCUUGGGGCAGGACUUCUGUGAGAUGAAGAGGACGGGCUUGAAUUACAUGGCAGGAUGUAGCAAAGCCUGCAAGGCUGCCAAACCAGUCUGUGCCAGUGGGAUGAAGGCUGCCUGUUACCAGGAAUGCUGCCCAGCCACCCCAAAAGCCAGCUGUCUGAAACUGGAUGGCAAAAUUCAUGGGUAGGCCACAGUCGGGAUGCUCCACAGCCUGCCCUCCUGCAGCAGAGCUCCACAGCACUCAGUAGGAUCCUGUUGCUCUCUGACUUCAGCCAAGGCCACUAUCAAACACUCUCUGUCACAUCCCUGUUGUACUCAGAAAGCUACAGGAGGGAUUCUGCCCUGCCCUGCCCAAAUCCUGUAGGCCUGAGAGACCCACAAACUUAUUGUGGAUCCUGAGAGCCAUGCAGUGUGUGCCUCCGUGCUGCUGGAAUGAGGGACCAGGAACGAGGUGUUAGGCCUCCUUAAAAAUCAGAAAAUUCUGCCUUGACUGAAGGCACAGGGGCUCCUCUAGUCAUUGACCUGCUUGUGGUGCAGCCUCCCUGGACCCCCUGUGACCUGUUUAGUUCUGAGCAGUUUAGUUCUGAAUUGCCUCUUGCCUGGGUGGGUAAAAGGGUAACUCCAUGUUUUGUCUCCAAGUCCUAGGCAGGAAAAUGGGAUUACUCUAAAAGUGUCUCAUAUUUUAGAUGAUCCUGUUUCACAUCUGUGGUUUCUGUUGCUAAAGGCAGAGCCCAGAUGUGAGCCUGUGACAUGAAUGCCCCCAGUGCUUCCCCAGCCUGUUCUUCCAGCACACAGAGCUGGUGCAGAGCUGGUUGGGCAGAAUUCCCGGGAGUCAAGGUGCUCCCAGUUGUGCACACGUGCACGGUGCUGUCGCCUGCAACCGCUCUCCUCUGCUGCCGCUGGCUCCUUAGAGAAAAGAUUGCAAAAUAUUAAAGUCUGUGUA